UAUGUCAAAUAUUUUCAGGGUGAAACAGUAUACAAGGUCGCUUUGGUUUAUGGUGUAGGCAUGAUCGGCUUCCAUGAUUUUGGUAGUACCUCGCCUUUUACAAUGACUGACAAUGCUGUUAUUAUAUUUACAAUAUUGUUUAUUAUUCUUGCUUCACUGAGAUCUAUGUCUGUGAAUAUACUAUUAUUUCAAUUAAGUGACUGCAUUGACAUUCACAGUGCCGAAGCUAGAACUUCGCAUUAUAUAUUUUUUGUUUUAUUGCCGUUAUCGACCGAGUUCAUAUUUGGCCAGAAACUAAUCAAUAUAUAUUUAUACUUGCACUUGCUUCUGUCGGUACUUCCAUGCCUAAUUAAUAGCAUAAAAAUACAUGGCGAUUUUUUUAUUCGCACCGACGAAUACCUACUGAACUUUUUAUUUCAGGUGUUGUACUCGUUAACAGUAACCAGAUUACUACAUACUGAAUUUCCUUCACUAAAGUUUAUUUACAUACAGGGACUAAUUUGCCUUUUUGGGUUUUUCUUGUCUGUUCCAAUUUUAUUGGUAAGUUGUGAUUACACUCACGUUAUUUUAGUCGAUGAGUAUGUUGAAAAAUUGCGAAUCGGAUUAAGUAUAGGAUUGGUCCAAACCGUAUUGUAUUUGGGUGGCUUAAGAAUGGCUAUUAUCAUGUGGAUAUACGGAGUUGAAAAAUUCUCAACAGAUAUUAACUUUUGGCUCGGAUUUAGUCCGACAAAGUUCUGGACUGUAUGUUGGUCUGUUCUUCCAGCGAUUCUAUGGGUGAGUGGUGUAUGUGCUGUUUUUAAAUAUAAAGGCGUAACGUAACGUGCCCUUUGUGGAUCUGUAAUUUGUACCCGUCUCUAAUUAAUUAUGUCAGCUAACAACUGCUUCCUAUGAUGUUAGUAUAACGUGUAAUCCAUGCUAUCCAUCCAUACUAUAUAAUCCAUACUUAAUAUUAU